AUGUCCGAACACAUUGAGGCCAUAGAGCAGGCAAGAACUGCUGCUUCACAGAAGAAAUACGAUGAAGCUGAAACAAAGUACUGGUCGGUGAUCAAUGCUAAGACAGACGGCGACGACCAAAACCGAAGAACGAAGUUGUUGCAAGACCAGGAAGUCGCCAUUCUCGAGCUUGGUAAAGUAUACCAGGAAUUACAGGAUGCUGUCAAGUUGCACACUUUAAUCAGCGACUCUCGUGCUGUGUUGGGUGGAUUUGCUAAAUCCAAAACCGCUAAAAUAGUCAAGUCUUUGGUUGAGGACUUCGACGCUAUUCCAGGAGCCCUCGACUCCCAGAUAACCGCUAUCAAAGAGUCCAUUGAGUGGGCCAUAGAGAGCAAAUUGUCCUUCUUGAGACAGCAAUUACAGUUAAAGUUGUCUGCUAGACUCUAUACGAAGGGCUCAUACCAGGAGGGUUUGAGAAUCAUAACUGACUUGUUGAGGGAAUACAAGAGAUUGGAUGAUAAGUCAUCUUUGGUUGAAGUCCAGUUGGUUGAAUCGCAAAUCUAUCACGCCUUGAGAAAUAUACCCAAGUCCAGAGCAGCUUUGACCAGUGCGAGAACUUCUGCCAACUCCAUCUACUGUCCAACUAUCUUGCAGGCCGAACUUGACUGCCAAAGUGGUAUCUUGAAUGCUGAAGACAAGGAUUAUAAAACUGCUUUCUCUUACUUCUAUGAAUCCUUUGAAGGUUUCAACUCUCAGAGUGAUGAAAGAGCGAUCGUCGUGUUGAAAUACAUGUUACUAACGAAAAUCAUGUUGAACUUGAUUGAUGAUGUUAAGACGAUCUUGAAUAACAAGAAUGUGAUCAAGUACCAGUCGAAGGAUAUUGAUGCCAUGAAAGCAAUUGCAACAGCUUACUCCAAUAGGUCCUUGAAGGAGUUUGAGAACGCUUUGUUGACUUACUCCUUGGAGUUGAAGUCCGAUCCUAUCAUUAAGAACCACUUCAACGCAUUGUACGACAACUUGUUAGAACAAAACUUGUUAAAGAUCAUCGAAUCUUACAGCGUGGUUGAGUUGUCUCAUAUUUCUAAAAGCAUUGGCUUGAACUUGCAGCAAGUCGAAGGAAAAUUGUCUCAAAUGAUUCUAGACAAGGUCUUCUACGGUGUUUUGGAUCAGGGUAAUGGCUGGUUGAUUAUCUAUGAUGAGCCCCGUAAAGACGCCUCAUAUGAAGCUGCUUUGAGCUUAGUUAAGAAUUUGUCCGGCGUCGUGGACUUGUUGUACGAGAAGGCGUCCUCCUUGAACUAG